AUGGCGUCGCCAGCAGCGCCCUACGCCGUAAUGCCCGAGAUGUCGCCGCCGAUCCUCGAGCGAUCGAUGCUCGAGAGCGGCUACACGCGCGAGAGCGGGCGGACCGUGCCCAAUGGCACGUCAGACUAUUCGAGCGACAGUCUCCACCGCCGCUGCAUUGCGGCCAAGUACGAGGAGUUCAUGAACCCGUGCGUGCUGAGCUGGACCGACCUGAGCUACGCGGUGCCCGGCAAGAAGACGGCCAAGAACCCGUACGGCAAGAAGACCAUCCUCCACAAGGUGAGCGGCCGCAGCGCUCCGGGCGAGCUCACGGCCAUCAUGGGCCCGUCCGGCUCGGGCAAGACCACGCUCGUGGACUUGCUGGCCGACCGCCUUAGCACCGGCCAAAUGACGGGCACCAUCGAGUUGAACGGCUCCGAGCGCGUAACCAAGACGUUCCGGGCCGUGACCAGCUACGUGGCCCAAGAAGACACGCUGCUCGGGUCGUUCACAGUAGUGGAGACCAUGAACAUGGCGGCCCGCCUCAGUCUGCCCAACAGCGUGGUGAUGACGGACAUCCACUCGCGAGUGGAGAGCGUCAUGGACGCCAUGGGUCUCGGCGCGUGCAGGAACACACUGGUGGGCGAUAUCUUCCGCAAGGGCCUGUCAGGUGGCCAGAAGCGGCGGCUUAGCAUUGCCAUAGAGCUGCUGUCCAACCCGAGCAUCCUCAUCCUCGACGAACCUACCAGUGGCCUGGACUCGAGCUCGGCCCACAAUGUCAUGAAGUACAUUCUCAAGCUCUGCGGCGAAGGCAAGAACGUAGUGUGCACGAUCCACCAGCCGUCCUCGCUGGUCUACGACAUGUUCACGAACGUGGUCCUGUUGUCUGGAGGCGAGACCGUGUACUACGGGUCUCGCACCUACAUGAUCCCGCACUUCUCGGGCGUCGGCUUCAACUGCCCCAAGUACAUGAACCCGGCCGAGUACUUUGUCAACCUCGUGAACACGGACUUCGAAGACCACGUCGACAUCACCAAACUCGUCCACGCCUACAAGCAGAGCACGGUCAAGAAGCUGCUCCUGGACCAACUAGCAGCGGACCGAACAACGCUGCAACAUUUACCAGACAUCGAGCUCCAACCUUCGUCCGCGAUGCGGCAGUUCAGCGUGCUCAUGUACCGCAACUUGGUGAACAACAUCCGCAACCCGGGCAUCUACUGGAUCAGACUCUUCAUGUACUUCUGCCUCAGCUUCAUGGUCGGCACCAUGUACCUGAGCAGCAACGAUGAUCUCACCGAGGAAGACCUGAUCCCCAUGCUGUUCUACGUGCAGGCGUUCCUGGUGUUCAUGUCGGUGGCCGUGCUGCCCUUCUUCAUCGAGCAGCGCGCCGUGUUCGCCCGUGAGCGCGCCAACAGCUCGCUGAGCGUCGUGAGCUACGUGUGCGCCAACUUUUUGGCCACACUGCCGGGCAUCUUCCUCAUCGUGGUCAUGUCGACGGCGCUGGUGGUGCUGCUGGCGGGGCUCAACGCGUUCGAGUACUUCUUGCUCAACCUGUUCCUGUCGCUCGUGGUGGCCGAGUCCAUGAUGCACGUGAUCGGCGCCGCGGUGCCGCACUACAUCAUCGGCAUCGCGCUGGGCGCGGGCGUGUUCGGCAUGUUCAUGCUGUGCGAGGGCUUCAUGGUGCCGCGCGACUCGAUCCCGGACUACUGGAUCUGGGGCUACUACCUGGCGUUCCACUCGUACUCGUUCGAGUCGUUCGUGUUCAAGCAGUUCGAGAACGAGACGUCCGAUGAGGCGAGGGCCAUUCUCAAGAAGUACGGCAUGGAGGACGUGGACGUCCCGAAGGACAUGCUCUACCUCGUGGGCUACAUUGCCGUCUUCCAGCUCAUCUUUAUGUUCAUCCUGUGGAAGUUCCACACUGGUCGUCGCUGA